AAUAUGACAUGUUCAAAAAUAUUUUCAGGAGAUUUACCUGCUGAAUUAACUUAUGAAGUUAUAAAAUAUUUUCAGAACGAUGAUUAUUCAACUUUACAUUCAUGCCUUUUAGUUAACAGAUUAUGGUGUCGUUUAGCGAUUCCAUUAUUAUGGGAAAAUCCAUUUUCAAUUAAUACCGGAAACUAUAAUUUUAUUGAAAUUUACUUACAUAAUUUAAAUAAUGAUGAUUUUAACACAAAAUUAAAUGAACAUAAUAUUGUUAAUAAUUCAGUACCUUCGAAUUUACUGUUCAAUUAUCCCAAGUUUUUAAAAUAUUUGAAUAUACGCAAGUUUAUUUUAUCUGUUAAUAAGUGGCUUGAAUCUGCUAUUAUUACUUCAAACCCUAAAAAUAGAUUUAAAAUUUUCAUUGAAAAUAAAGUAAAUUUACAUGUUCUUGAAAUUGAGA